AUGUGCGCGCCCAUAUCCGACCUCGAACAGGAAGAGCUGCUCGAAAAACUAGAGGUCUUCAAGAUCAAAGGCCGCGACAAGCAUGGCCGCAAGAUCCUUCGCAUUAUCGGAAAAUUCUUCCCAGCGCGGUUGAUGAGUGUUGAGGUGCUCAAGAAGUACCUCGAGGAGAGGAUUUUUCCGAAGCUGGGGAAGAAGAAAUUCGCGGUGCUCUAUGUGCACACCGAUGUCCAGAGGAGCGAGAAUUUCCCCGGUAUCUCCGGUCUCCGGUCGAUCUACGACGCGAUUCCGGCGAACGUGAAGGACAAUCUGGAAGCCGUUUAUUUUAUUCACCCGGGCUUACAGGCCCGCCUUUUCCUCGCUACCUUCGGCCGCUUCCUCUUCAACGCUGGGCUGUAUGGAAAGCUGAGGUACAUUAGCAGGGUCGAUUUUCUGUGGGAGAACGUGAGGAGGAACGAGGUGGAGAUUCCGGAGUUUGUGUUUGAUCAUGAUGAGGAUUUGGAGUACCGUCCGAUGAUGGAUUACGGGUUGGAGAGUGAUCACGCCAGAGUAUACGGUGGUGCUCCCACCAUGGAUUCACCCGUGACCACCUACUCCAUGAGGUGCAUCUCAUAG